AUGGAGCCGCCGCCGUCCGCGCCCGCGCGGAUCGACCGCGACGGCCUCCGCGCGGCGCUGCACGCGCUGUACGUCACGCGCGACGCUUCUUCGCGCGCGGCUGCGGACGCCUGGCUCCAACGAUUUCUUCGCAGCGACGAAGCGUGGCCCGUCUCUCUCGCGCUCCUGGGCGACGACGCGACGUCGCCGCGCGGCCUCGACGCGCUCGAGGCGCUCUUCUGCGCGCGCGCGCUCCACGUCCUCCUGCGCCGGUGCGUCUUCAAGACGGAGAAGACGCAGAAGAGCCACGUCGCGCUGGACGAGCGCGCGCUGGGCGACGUGCGCGACGCGGGGCUGCUGCCGAUGGCGUGGCGAUGCGCCGCGCUGUGCGCGACGCACGACCGAGGCGUGGGGGGGGUCGGCGGAGGAUCGGCGCGGGGCGGCGGCGCGGAUUCGGCGUCUUCGGCGCCGCCGCGGACGAUCCUGACGCAGGUGUCGCUCGCGAUCGCCGCGCUCGCGUGCAAGAUGGCCGCGUGGGAGGGCGACGCCAUCGCGCGCGAUCUGUGCGCGUACUUCACGCGGCCGCCGGCGUCCGCGCCGCCUUCCGCGACGCGCGUCGUCGCCGCCCUCCUCGAUCAUCGCGACGUCGACGAAACCGUCGCGGACGCGGGCGCGACGUGCCUGCUGCAGACGCUGUCCGUGCUCCCGGACGAGUGUCAGAGCGGGAGGCUGUCGAUACAUCCGGCGCGGCGGAGAGAAGUGAUCGACGGGCUCCGAGCCGCCGCCGCCGCCGCGGUCUUUCCGACGCUCGACGCGUUGACCGGACGGCUGUCAGCAGCCGCGAUGUGCGUGAACGACGCCGGGUCGAGCGGCGGCGUCGACCGAUCGCGCGACCGAACGACGGCGUUGUUAUUCGAAGCGUACGCCGCUUGGGCGGCGUUCGCGCCGGACGCGGCGGGCGCGUGUCCGUCCGAGACGCUCGCCGCGGCGCUCGGCAUCCUCGCCGCGAGCGACCGCGACGCGCGCGCGACGUUCAGCGACCGCACGCUCGUCGCCGCGGUCGCCGCCGCGAGCGCGGGGACGGCGAACGCGGUGCAUCGCGCGGAGCGACGCGAGGCGCUGAGCGCGGCGGCGGCGGCGAUGCGCGCGCGAUGCGGAGGGGGCGGCGGCGCGGAGGGCUCGGCGAGGGCGGUUGAGGUGCUGUCGAGCGUGUGCGAGGCCGCGCGGGCGUCGCCGCCGGGGCCGCCGCCGCCGCCGGAUCCGCUGGGGACGGGGAAGGACGCCGCGCCGGACAGGACGUACAUUCCGUACAAGGAGUUUGCCAAGCUGAAGCGCGAGCGGAGGAAGAGCGCGAAGGCGGCUGGCCCGACGGGCUCGACGGGCGGCGGCGGAGGCGGCGGCGACGACGACGGCGGCGGUCUCUCCCCGCGCGCGGACUUGGAGGUGCUGUGUUUCUGCCUCGACGCGCUCUCCGACGCGCUCGCGCGCGGCGUCGCGUCCCCGGCCGCGGCGUUGGCGCCGUGGACGGCGAUGCGAGAGGGCUCGGACGCCGGCGGGGGCGGCGAAGAGAAACAUCAGGCUGCGCGAUCGCCGGCGGCGGCGACGGCGAUGUUGGCGUGCGCCGCGCGCGCGGCGCACGCGGCCGCGAUCGCGGUGCGACUCCCGAGCGCGUCCGAGAGAACCGAUCACGGGGAUAAGUACGACGACGAGCACGCGGACGCCAGAGAGGAGCUCGGCGAGGGCUUGCGCGACGUCGCCGGCGUCGUCGGCGCGGAUGCGUUUUUCUCGAGCGUCGCCGUGCGAGGGCUCUCCGAGACACUUCGGGGCGGCGGCGACGCUUCGUCUUCGUCGAAUCUCGCGAAUCCAUCGAAUCUCGUCGGCGGGUGGACGCACGUCCUGUUCGCGACCGCGCGCCUGUGCACGCCGCGCGGGGACCCCGCCGCGGUCGCGGUCGCGGUGGACGUCCUCGGCGACGUCGCGCGUCGCGCCGCCGCCGACGCCUCCGCGGCGCGCGUCGCGGAGCUCGCGACGUGGGCCCUCGGUGGACUGAACAAAGCGAUGCGCGCGCAGCCCGUCGGCGUGCUCGCGCGCGCGUUAGACGCCGCGGUCGCGUGCGCGGGCGCGCGAGACGUCGCGACCGCGCGCGCGGCGUGCGUGACCGCGAUGCGUCUGUGCGAGUCAUGCGCGCGCGUCCUCGCAAACGGCGACGAAAGCGCGUCGCUCGAGGACAACGCGCGCGCCCAAUCGGCGCUCGCCGCGCUCGCCGCCGCGCACGCGUCCGGCGGCGUGAUGGCGCCGGCGAAUAGCGCGUUGCGCCGCGGGCAAGAGCCCGUGCGGGUCAUCUUAUGCCGCGCGCUCGCCGCGGUCGCCGCCGCGCGCGCGCCCGCGGCGGCGGCGGAGGCGGCGACCGCGGGGCUCGCGGCGGCGGCGAUCGUCGCGGCGUCCAACGCGGCGGCGACCGCGAUCGACGUCGCGCGCGGCGUCGGCGCGGCGCCGACGACGGCGGGGAUCGUCGCGACGUUGGACGCGACGCUGGACGUCGUCUUCGCGCUGACCGAGACGACCGUCGCGAUCGAGGCGUGCUUGAAAGCGACACGCAUCAUCACGAGGGUCGACGGCGCCGCCGAAAUAAACGCGAUGACCUCGCCGCCGGGAUUGGGGUCGACCGCGAGAGACGUCAUCGAGCGCGCGCUGCUUCCCGCGCUCGAGCGCGCGCUCGACGCCGCCGUCGCGGUGACGCCCGCGCACGUCCACGCCGGCGGCGGCGUGGAUCGCGUCCGGGACAUCACGCGCGGGUGCGCUGACGCGCUCUCUUUGAUCGUCGGAGAGAGCGCGCGAAACCCCGCGGCGCGCGCGUCGCUCGGCGCGUGCCUCCGCCUCGCGCUCGACGCGUACGUCUCGUCGCCGGAGACGCGCGCGGCGUUCCUGGGCGUCUUCGUCUGCGCGCUGUCGCGCGUCGGCGACGCGCCGCUGCCGCUGCCGCUGCCGCUGCCGGCGGGGGUGGGCGGGCUGUGGGCGGAACACCGAUCGCGAGUCCUCGCGACGGUCGGCGGCGUCGCCGCCGCCGCCGUCGCCGCCGCCGCGUCGAGCGGCGUCGCCGGUCCGCUGACGACGCGCUGCGACGACGACGACGCGCGCGUCGCCGCGCUGACGCUGUGCCGCGCGCUCCUGCGCGUCGGCGCGAGCGACGCGGCGCCGAUCUUUUCUUCCAUCGCGACGGUCGCGCUCGAGGCGUUACGCGACGGCGCGAGCGGCGACGUCGCCGUCGCGUCGCUCGCGCUCGCGUCCGACGUUCUCUCCGCGCCGGCGAUGCUGUCGCCGUCGCGCUUCGCCCCCGACCGAUCGCCCGAGUCCGCGGCGGCCGCGUCGGCGGUGCACCCCGGGAUGGGGCGGCUCGCGUCCGGGAUGAGCGACGCGACGUCGCGAGGGUCGCACCUGCCGCGGUGGGCGCGCGCGGAUGAUCUUUCGGCGGCGACGCUCGCGGAGGCGGCGCAUAUUCUGUUGUCCGACGGCGGCGCGGCGGCGGCGUUGACGCGCGCGCAGCUCGAGUGCGCGAACGGCGUCAUGAUCCCCGGAUUAGUCACCGACGUCGCGGCGUCGAUGUUCGCGGCGUGGGCGGCGAGUGGAGACGCGACGUAUAUGCGCUGGUUGAGCGACGCGCUGGGGGGCGACGGCGACGGGUUCCCGCGGAGAGGGACGACGGCGGCGCAGAAGGGGGAGUUUUCGCGGGCGCUGCUGGCGCAGCCGCCGGCGCCGGGCGAGGGCGAGGGCGAGGGCGGCGGCGGCGGGAUCGGCGGGAGGGAUCUCGCGGGCAGGUUGGCGAAGAUGGACCUUCGCAGGUUUAAGCGGACGCUGAAGGCGUUCUGCGGGGGGAAGAAAGCCGGUCCGGGCGGCGGCGGCGGCGGCGGCGGCGAGUGA